AUGGCAGGAGCGGGAAUAUUUCUGUGCAUUCUGCUGUUACAGUGUUUUAUCUCCACUGCGCUGUGCAACCCCGGAUUCGCCUUCACGGAGGAGCCCUCGGAGAGAGCUGGGAAGUCAGACGGGUAUUGUAGUCGGAUAUUACGGGCUCAGGGCACUCGUAAUGAAGGCUACAACGAGUUUCGGCUCCGAGUCGAGGGGGACCCAGAAAAUUAUCAUCCUGGGAGCACUUACAGAGUGACUCUGUAUGCAUCCAGUCCCGCUUACUUCAGAGGUUUCACCCUCAUCGCUCUGAGGGAGGGCAGGGAAGGAGACAAAGAAGAGGACUAUGCUGGCAAUUUCCAGAUCAUCGAUGAAGAGGACACCCAGUUCAUGAUCAACUGUCCCCCGGCAGUGACAGAGAGUACCCCUCGGAGACGCACCAGGAUCCAGGUGUUCUGGACAGCACCCCCCAGCUCCUCUGGUUGUGUCACCCUCAAGGCCAGCAUUGUCCAGAAGAGGAUCAUCUACUUCCAGGAUGAAGGCUCUCUCACCAAGAGGAUGUGUGAGAAAGAGUCGUUGUAUUGGGAGACCACAGAGAAGCCUCUGCUGGAUUGCUGUGCCUGUGGAACAGCCAAGUACAGAGUCACCUUCUAUGGCAACUGGUCAGAGAAGGUGCACCCAAAAGACUACCCUCGGCGUGCUAACCACUGGUCGGCCAUCAUCGGAGCGUCCCACUCUAAGAACUACGUGCUGUGGGAGUAUGGUGGCUACGCCAGCGAGGGCAUCCAGAAGGUGGCCGAGCUGGGAUCACCUGUCUCCAUGGAGGAAGAGAUCAGGCAGAAGGGUGAUGACGUUCUGACAGUCAUCAAAAUGAAGGCUCAGUGGCCUGCCUGGCAACCCUUGAAUGUUCGUGCUGCCCCGUCGGCUGAGUUCUCAGUGGACCGUACCCGUCACCUGAUGUCCUUCCUCACCAUGCUGGGGCCCAGUCCUGACUGGAACGUGGGACUAUCUGCAGAGGACCUCUGCACCAAGGAGUGUGGUUGGGCCCAGAGGGUUGUCCAGGAUAUGAUCCCCUGGGAUGCAGGCACCGACAAUGGGGUAACCUAUGAGUCUCCCAACAAGCCCACAGUCCCUCAGGAGAAGAUCCGCCCCCUGACUAGCCUGGACCACCCUCAGAGCCCCUUCUACGACCCUGAGGGGGGCGCCAUCAUCCCCGUGGCCAGGGUAGUAGUGGAGCGCAUCGCCCGAAAGGGAGAGCAGUGCAACGUCAUGCCUGAUAAUGUGGAUGACAUUGUGGCUGAUAUCGCCCAGGAGGAGAAAGAGGAGGACGACACUCCAGAGACGUGCAUCUACUCCAACUGGUCUCCGUGGUCAGCCUGCAGCUCAGCCACCUGUGACAAGGGCAAGAGGAUGAGACAGAGGAUGCUGAAGGCCCAGCUGGACCUCAGUGUACCCUGUCCUCACACCCAGGACUUUGAGCCCUGCAUGGGGCCCGGCUGCAGCGACGAGGAAGGGUCCACCUGCACGAUGUCAGAGUGGAUCACCUGGUCUCCGUGCAGCAUGUCAUGUGGGAUGGGCCUGCGGUCCCGGGAACGCUACGUCAAGCAGUUCCCUGACGAUGGCUCUGUGUGUACCUUGCCUACUGAGGAGAACGAGAAGUGUAUUGUGAACGAGGAAUGCACCCCCAACAGUUGUCUGGUGACAGAGUGGGGUGAGUGGGACUCCUGCAGUGCCACCUGUGGGCUGGGCAUGAAGAGGAGGGAACGCAUGGUGAAGAUGCCUCCACCAGACGGCUCCAUCUGUGGGGCUGAGGUGCUGGAGGUGGAGAAGUGCAUGAUGCCAGAGUGCCACACCAUCCCCUGUAUGCUGUCUCCGUGGUCUGACUGGAGUGACUGCAGUGUGACGUGUGGGAAGGGCAUGCGGACGAGGCAGCGCGUGCUCAAGUCUCCUGUGGAGCUGGGAGAGUGUACAGAGGACCUGGAGCAGGUGGAGAAGUGCAUGCUGCCAGAGUGUCCGACAGACUGUAUGGUGUCAGAGUGGACGGAGUGGUCUGAGUGUAACAAAUCCUGUGGUAAAGGUCACAUGAUAAGGACACGUAUGGUGAAGCUGGAGCCCCAGUUCGGAGGGGACUCGUGUCCCGAGACAGUACAGAGGAAGAAGUGUAAGAUCAGGAAGUGUAACCGUGGUGGUGGCCAGGGCCAGGUCAACAGCGACGAGAAGAAACGACGCAAGGAGGCGAGGGAGAAGAGGAGGAGCAAACAGGGGGGUCGACAGGGGGAGGAGACCACGUCACCUGCUGAACACCCAGGCUGUAAGAUGAGGCCGUGGUCCAGCUGGACGGACUGCACCAAGCUGUGUGGCGGGGGGAUCCAGGAGCGGCUCAUGACAGCCAAAAAGAGGCUUAAGAGCGCCCAGCUCCCCAGCUGCAAGGACAGGAAGGAGAUCCGAGCGUGUAACGUGCACCCCUGCUAG